ACCGAGAACUACAGCGCCGUGGCCGUCCGCGCCAAGCUCUCCGUCGAGGUCGAGCAGAGGAAGCGGCUGGGAGCUUGGCCAAGAGAGUGCUCGUCUCGAUGGGGCCACGCUCUAGCUUACAAGACGAAGGGCGAAGGAGGCAGCGUGGGCGGCUGGGCGGUGGGCGGCGCUGACGUCCACGUCGGGAAAGGGAACGACUCAACCCGCGACGAUGGGCGGCAUAUCCUCGUCGUGUCCCGCCCACCCGCCUACAAACUCACCUUCUCCUUCAACACGACGUACGAGCAGGCGAGGAUGGUGCAGGCCCUGUCCUCCUCCGGCGCCACGGUGACGGGGCCUGGAUGCCAUAAUGCUGAUGAAGAAUCUGCGGCGCCAGCAGGAAGAGGAAGAGCGGGAGCAGGCGGGCGGCGGGCGGAGGCAAUCUCUGCUGGAGAUCUGCGGUCAGAGUCCCCCCCCGGCGACGCAGGGACCCGAGGGCAGCCCAGCAGGUGAGGGUCAAGGCGCUAAGGAGAGCCAAGGUCACGAGGGCAAAAUCGGCGACCUGAUGCAGGAGAUCAGCUCGACGAUCUUCAGCGAGGAGACGGGCGUGGUGUCGAAUCCCCUUUAUACGUCGCUUAUUAAUCUCUCUUCGCCAAGCC